AUGUUGGUCCAUCAGUUGGCAUGGGAACCACUCCUGGAGGCGAGCGGCGUACGCCCCUGCAUGCAUGUCGACCAACAGCAACAAAAAGGCGAGGAGGUCAAGGAGAGUGCAGCUAGUAGUACGAAUAGUACCCGUACGCUAACUGGAAAGUCUAAGCCGCGCGCAAAUAGUGAAAAAAAGUCAAAGCAGCAGGCAGAACACGUGGGAACGCACACUGAACCCCGUACCCGUAGCGCUGCCACACCCUGGCACGCAGGCAAGACGGUGCCCUCAGUGGACACGGAAACGGAGUACAAGGAUAAAGCAAACCCGAGAAACGCAGCAGACAAGCAACAACAGGAGCAACAGCAGAAGACACAGGAAAAUCAGCACCAGGAAUCUACACCAAGUCUUGAACAGAGAAACACAGCAGACCAGCAGCAACAGCAGAAGAAACGGCAGGAGGAGCACCAGAAGACACAGGAAAAUCAGCAUCAGGAAUCUACACCUGAAGAGCACCAGCAUUUGCAGACAGAACAGCAGAACCUGCAUACUGCAUCUAGUGACAGCCAAUGCCCUGCGUCCAGUGACAGCCAAUGCCCUGCGUCUAAUGACAGCCAAUGCCCUGCGUCCAGUGACAGCCAAUGCCCUGCGUCUAAUGACAGCCAAAGCCCUGCAUCUAGUGAUGUCCACCAGGACAGUGGCCAGCACCAGCCCAAGCUUCAAGAUACGUCAACUACGUCUGCUCCAGCCAAAGCCACGCCACCUCGCCCUGGAAAGCGUCAUGCAGAAGAUUCCCCUGGAUCCAUGUCGGGAAUACCAUGCAAAAUGCAACCUCCAUCUAGCUCUCAAUGA